AUGACAUCCCUCGAAUUACAACAGACUUCAUCUCGUGGAGAUGGUAUCGAGCAGGUGCCAGGCACCAAAGCCGAUAUUGAUCUCAUCGAGAGUGCCGGUCAUGGACGAGCAGCCACCUACGAAGAAUCGGUGGCUGCUCGUCUACCAAAAGCCCAUCGUGACUUUCUGUUAGAGCGACAUGGGACACUGGAGCUUGAUCCUAUUCCUGGGAUGAGCGCAGCCGAUCCUUACAAUUGGCCUUCAUGGAAGAAAAUGAUGAACCUUAUCCUUGUGGCGUUCCACGCCUGCAUGGGCACAUUUACCGCCGCUGCCAUCAUUCCCGCCUAUUCUGACAUCGCCAAGGAGCUUGGCGUCUCUGUCCAAGACGCCAGUUAUUUGACUUCUUUGCAAAUCGCGAUUCUGGGAGGUGCUCCUCUGUUCUGGAAGCCUUUGUCAAACCGAUAUGGGCGACGACCGAUCUUCCUCCUUUCUCUCAUCUGCAGUCUGGUUUGUAACAUCGGCUGUGCCAAGUCCACGGACUAUGCGUCGCUUGCCGCUUGUCGUGCACUCGUGGCAUUCUUCAUCUCUCCCGCUUCUGCCAUCGGUAGUGCAGUCGUGAUGGAGACGACUUUCAAGAAAGAUCGCGCCCGUUAUAUGGGUGUCUGGACCCUGAUGAUCACCCUGGGCGUUCCGAUCGGACCUUUCAUCUUUGGUUUCGUGUGCUACCGCGCAGGGUACCACUGGAUCUACUGGAUCCUCGCUAUGAUCAACGGUGGCCAGUUCAUCCUGUAUCUGUUCUUCGGUCCUGAAACUCGCUACCUCGGCGGCGGCGUAGACAACAAGUCCGCUCGUAAGAUCGAGUACAUGUCACUGCGACGAAUUGACCCCACACCAUUCUCAUGGUACGAGUUCAUCCGCCCACUGACCAUGGCCCGCCACCCCUCCAUCCUCAUUCCAGCCUGCGCAUACGCCAUGGUCUUCCUCUUCGGUAGCAUUCUCGCAACAGUCGAGGUCCCCCAGCUCCUGGAAAAGAAAUUCGAAUUGAACGCCGAGCAACUAGGCCUCCAGUUCCUGGGUGUGAUCAUCGGAUCCGUAAUCGGCGAACAAAUGGGCGGCGUGCUAUCCGAUUUCUGGAUGAGUCGUCGCUCUCGUCGCAUCGACCGCAAGGCAGAGCCCGAAUACCGUCUCUGGCUCAGCUACUUCGGCUUCGCGCUGACCAUCAUCGGUAUGAUUGUGUUCCUGGUCUGCACGCAGACAUCGCCUAGCGGGCACUGGAACGUAACCCCCAUCAUUGGAACUGCGAUCGGCGCUGUUGGAAACCAACUUGUGACGACCGUGAUGAUCACCUAUGCUGUCGACUGCUUCCCGCAGGAGGCGGCAAGCAUCGGUGUGUUUGUCACUUUUGUGCGACAGAUUUGGGGUUUCCUUGGUCCCUUCUGCGCGGGUAUUGGGUCGGCCAUGGUCGUCGUUGUCAGCGUCAUCCCCACUAUCUUCCUUCAAUGGAAGGGCCAGGCGUGGCGUAAGGAGGAGUAG